AUGUCCAACAAAGCCAGGAGGAUGCUGGUUCUUCUGCUGAUCAUCCUGAAGGAAGCUGGCCCGACCGCAGCCCACGACUGCAGCUGUUUUUCAGACUGUAUCUGCAGAGACAGACUCCUCACCAGUGUUCCUCAGGACCUGCCUACAAACAUCACUUUUCUUGACUUGUAUUACAAUGCCAUCACGACCUUAGGUCAGUCUGAUUUCUCAAGGUAUAGGAGCUUGACAAGAUUAGAUCUUGGUUCCAAUCAGAUCUCCAUGAUCCAUAACAAAACAUUCCACAGCUUAACCAGCCUGAUUGAACUGCUCCUUUAUAACAAUCGUUUAACCACUCUGCCAGCUGACAUAUUUGAGGGACUUGGUAAUCUGCAGAGAUUGGAUCUUGACAAUAACCAGUUAACAAGUCUGACAGCUGGCAUAUUUGAGGGACUUGGAAAUCUACAGUGGUUGUAUCUCGACAAUAACGAGUUAACAAGUCUGCCAGCUGACAUAUUUGAGGGACUUGGAAAUCUGCGGCACUUGUAUCUUCACAAUAACCAGUUAAGUCUGCCAGCUGACAUAUUUGUGGGACUUGGUAAUCUACAGAGCUUGUAUCUUUACAAUAACCAGUUAACAAGUCUGCCAGCUGACAUAUUUGUGGGACUUGGUAAUCUACAGAGCUUGUAUAUUUUCAAUAACCAGUUAACAAGUUUGUCAGCUGACAUAUUUGUGGGACUUGGUAAUCUGCAGUGGUUGGAUCUUCACAAUAACCAGUUAACAAGUCUGCCAGCUGGCAUAUUUGUGGGACUUGGUAAUCUGCAGUGGUUGUAUCUUCACAAUAACUGUGAGUUAACAAGUCUGCCAGCUGACAUAUUUGUGGGACUUGGUAAUCUGCAGCGCUUGUAUCUUUACAAUAACCAGUUAACAAGUUUGUCAGCUGACAUAUUUGUGGGACUUGGUAAUGUAAAGGAGCUUGGCCUUGACAGGAAUAACAUCCACAGUAUUGAGGCAGGCACAUUCAAUGGCACAACACAGCUACGUAGUCUAGAUCUUGAGUACAACAACAUCAGGACCAUCACAGCUGACACAUUUGGGAAUCUACUUCAGCUUCAAACACUGAAACUUUCUCACAAUAACAUCAACACUUUCCCUGUGGAGGCCUUAUCAAAUUUACAGAUUUCAGCACUGUCAGAGCUUACAUUACAUAAUAACCAAUUGGAGACCCUACCAGUCAUGGCAUAUGACAUACUGGCUUCUAUCUCAACUGUUACCAUUUUCAACAACCCCUGGCAGUGUGACUGUAGGAUGGUUCCCUUUAGGCAGAGGAUGAACGGGUCUUACCCAUUUGAAGACCAGAUCAGAUGUGCCGGACCUGCUAAUCUUAGAUGGCAACUCUUGCGGGAUGUAAAUCCUGACAACCUGAUCUGUGAGGAGAAAACACCAGUCUACUCCACUUCUAGCACUGAAAGCAAUAUAGGCCCUGCUGAUGGUGGCAUUGUCCUGUCUGUGCCCUUCCUUGCUACCUUGGGGGCUGUUCUUGGACUCCUCCUUAUCUACACUAUUGCCUUUGCAGUAGGGUGCAUGUAUAAGAGGAGGCAAAGGGAUCCUACUCCCCAGCAAGGCUUUAGUAACACAAACCCCACAGGCACAGCCAGUGGUCAUGACCAGAUAAUGUUGCAGGCAGUUGGCACAAAGUGCAGGAAUAAUCAGUCAGUCUGAAACAUCCCAUCCUGAUUCAGAAGAAAGUCAGCUUAUAUAUCAAACCUCUCAACAGAUGAGGACCCUGAUACAGCAGAGUAUGACACCAUAGAUGAAGUCAAUCAGUCAGAAAUUCCACACCAAGAUGCAGGCAACACGCAGAGUCUUGACAGCUUUGGUUAUUUGAUUCUGCCCCCUUCGCUUCCCCCUAGAAAUCAGACUGCUGCCCAGAUUGAACCAGAUGCAGCUGCUCGAGCAAUGGUUAGUCCAUCGCAAACAUCACAGCCAGGCUCAGGGCAAAUUCAGCAUCUCGGCAGCUUUAACGAUGGUUAUGAGGUUCCAUCUCCCUCCCUGUACCCUGGAGAAGGUCCACAGUCCCACAAAUAUGAGAACAGCCACGUGCCAACAGCUGCUAAAGAUGCUGCAGCUGGUCCGCAGGAUGUGUUGUAUGGCUAUGAAAAUGAUGAAGAGUCAGUUAAUAACCAAUCACAGACAGCGGCUGCCCCUGGUGCUGACAGCCCUCACCAGAUUCAAUCAGCAGAUGCAGCUGGUGCAAUCGGUGGUCGUGACACACGGACAGAUGAAGAUGAUGAUGUCCUUAGUCCAUCACAAACAUCACAGCCAGGCUCAGGGCAAAUUCAGCAUCUCGGCAGCUUUAAUGACGGUUAUGAGGAACCAUCUCGCUUACUGUACACAGCCCUGAUGCCUCCUGGUUUACGACACAAUUAGACAUUACUUGAUAACUGAUUGAACAAUCGAUGUAUGAAACAAACAGCAGUUGCUUUGAGGAAUCACUCUUUAAAAACAAUGUUUGGCCCUGAGUAGGAGUCCUGUGGCCUGGGUGCCAUUCUGUUUGUAUACCGGGGCUCCCAUCCUCUCUCCCUAGAAAUAUAAUAAUAAUAAUAAUAAUAAGUUAAACCAAGUUCUGGCCAGAAAAGCAAACCAGUUCACAGCUUUGAUAAGGAGGACUUCUGGGUGGAUAAAGUGUGGACAAAUUGUGGAUGUAAAGGUUUAAGUGCUUGUGUGCAAAGAUAUACAACAAAAUGUAAUACUAGUAUGCUCAAACUGAAUACAAUCACCACACGACAUAUAGACAUAUAGACAAUACAUGUGUAGCUCAAUUGGUAGAGUGCCCACUUUGUAACCAUGAGGUCGUGAGUUCAAACCCCGGCCGGGUCAUACCAAAGACUUUAAAAAUGGUACACACUACUUUCUCUGCUUAGCACUCAGCACAUAUGAGAAAGAGUGUGGGAAGGUCAAACACACAGCACUACCAGCGGACCAGCCCCCUGCUAUAGUGCCUUGCACAACUGUGUGUGGCCCAAGGGCUAUAGAAAUGGAGAUGGGCACCACCCUAUGCUCUGCAAUAGAGUGGAAUGGGACCUUUUCUUUAUAUAGACAUUGAUAGUAGAGACAGAAAAAGUUUUUAAAAGGGCCACAAAAAGAUAACAUGGGGUCAAGGAAAUGUGUUACUUAAUUUUAAAGGCAGACUUAUAAUUAGGACCCAGAAGUUACCCACACUACAUGUAGUACUAUAAUGAGAGAGGAUUGUGUGAAGACGAAUACGAUAAAUACAAUAUAUACCGUAAUCUAUUAUAUCAAUAUUCUAUUCUAUGUUAAAUAUUAUAAUCAUUAAUAUGGUAGAAACAACAUCAUUGCAGCAAAAGCAGACACUAGGACUAGGAGAUAUCAACUUUUAGUCUACUCUAUAAAACUGAACGUUUUUACUUAUCUUUUUAAUAUGGCUGCUUACAGGUUUUCGUGUAUACUUAACCAUAAUUUGUAUGGUACAAAUAAACCAGUCUCUCUCUCCCUUAUAUUGAUAAUAUUCUAUUCUAUUCUAUGUUAAAUAUUAUAAUCAUUAAUAUGGUAGAAACAACAUCAUUGCAGCAAAAGCAGACACUAGGACUUGGAGACAUGGCUUGGUGUACUCUAUAAAACUGAACAUUUUUUGUUAAAAAUGGAUAUUUUUAUUGUGAAUCAAAUAUAUUUCUUAUAUGUAUAUAAACAAUUAUAAAGCAAAAAUGUUAGAAACUGCAGUGACUGUCAAGUGGAAUUAAUCAGAAAUAUUCUGUAAGUUUUAUAGCUUUUACACCACAUGUUACGGUGACAGGACUAGUUUAUUUAAUUACUGUGUAUAUGGUUUAAUGCAAUGUAGAUUCAACUGUUAAAAGAUAUACUGUGCUGAAAGUAAAAUCUAGUUACAAUGUGAAAUAGUAGGAACACUUUUACAUAAAAUUGCUUUUUAAUUAGUGAGUUAAAUUGCAUAAUAUAUACUUACCAUAUAUACUAACAUAGAACAUACCAUACAACAUAAGUUACAUAUAAUUGUAUGAAAAACUAGUUACUAGAAGUAGUUAAGUUGUAGUAGAGAGAGAGAAGACACUGGAAGAUGGUAGAACUGACAGUAGGCAGGGACUUUAAAUGUACCUUAGAUUAGGAAGGGAAUAAAAUGGAGGUGUU